CAUUAUUGUUGAUAGGUAAAACGAGAAAUAAACUUUUGGUAAUAAAAAUGGAAAAUAGAACAACGGACCACAAAACAAAGCGAUCAGUGUUUCCAGUCACAUUGGAUCAAUUUAUUGAAUACACCAACGUGAUCAAAGUAGUGGAAGACCAUAUUAAAAGCAAGCACCCAGUGCUUUUAAAGGAAAUCCGGACCAGAAGCCAAAGUAAGGAAAUAAUGAUGCGUGCUAAAAAUAUCUGGAAAACAUAUUACAAAAGGCCGCACAAAAGGGUUUUGGCGCCAAUAGCACAUGUAGCUGUAAAUGAUGACUGCGAUGAGGACAUGAAACGCCGUAUAUUAAAAAUACCUGGAGCAUAUAAAUAUAUGCUCGAAGAGGAAGAAAGUGUAGACGAGAGCGAGGAGGAAAGCAUUGAAGUAAGGCCAUGCCCUAAAAGCAUUAAAAACAAGCUUUUAGAAGAAAUUAGAAGACAAAGAAAUAAUGAAAAAUAGAUGAUUGUGUUUACCAAAGAAUAUCUCCACAUGAACGGAAACUCCGCCCACUUUGUGAGACUGGAUUUGACAUUGUUUUGAAAACUAAUUUACUACAUAAUAUUGUGGAUGCAAUGCGGGACUUUUUUAUAAUUUCCAUAUACAGUGAGCGACAAAACUCUACAUACACCCCCCAUUUCUGCUAGCCGUAAAU